AUGGAGGAGAUAUCCAAAAAGCAAGCAACUCAGAGCCCUGAGGAGCUCUGGAUCAAGGUAUUCCGACACCGGGAAUCGAACCCGGGCCUUGCCGGCACUGUACAGUGA